UCUGGUUGCUGGCUCAUUUGAUAUCCAUGCCUCGCUUGUGCUCUGUCCUUGAUGUCCACACCUGAUGGCAGGACAACUGAUGGACAAGGUGCAGGUGGAGCAGCGGGGACCAACUCAGAAUACCUUGCCUUUGUUCUGGUGCCUGUUUUCUUUCUCUUGGGGCUUACUGGGGUGGUGAUCUGCCACAUUUUGAAAAAGAAAGGCUACCGGUGCACCACAGAGGCCCAGGACCUCGGUGACGAGGAGGUUUUUGAAGAACAGAAGGAUCCUGAACUGGGUGGAGAGCUGAAUGACACCCUCAGUGACAACAAUGACACAGUCGGACAGAUUGUCCAUUACAUCAUGAACAACCAAGCAAACUCGGAUGCCCUGAAAGCCAUGAUUCAUGACAACAGCAUCGAUUCUGAAGUAUUCUUCAGGUCUCCUGUUACCCCCAACACCCCCGGCACUCCGACCAGUCCUGUGGCUCCCAUAUCACCAGGUGCACCCCCAGGAGCCCCCAAACACACCUGCAACCACCUGCACACCAUCGGAGACCCGGCCAGCCACAGAGACAUCUGCACCCGCUGUAGCCAGAAGAAAUGGCCACUCAUAAGGAAGCCGUUGGCACAUAAACCGGAGGCGCGCCGUAGCCACCAAGGAGAGGUCACAGUCCUCGCUGUGGGCAGGUUCCGGGUGACAAAGUGUGUACAACCAACCAGGGAGAGGCGAGCUCUGCUAAUAACAGACUCCAACAGGAGCAUCCCAACAUCACCCGCAGACGUGGAGCCCAAGAGCCGGACCACUUCAGAGUCCCAGCAGGUGCAGACAGACAACUUGGCUAAAGAGAAGUGAUAGGAAUCCAGGGAGGAGAGAAGCAGGAACAGCUGGGUCGACCUGAGAAUCUUUCUCACUCCACAGGGAGGAAGAUGUGUUGCUGAUGAAGAUGACGGUGUGUUUUUAGGAGGAGGUAAGGUGUGUCUACUAAAGAUACACUCCAUCUCCUCCAUCAAUAGAUGUACAGCAGUGCCUUGGCUCAAGGGCUUAUAAGCAGGGCGCUCACUUGACGUCAAGGAAGCCUUAACCAGGACUCUGCCAACAAACUGAACAAAGGUUUUCUUACUCAACAUGCCGAUGCGGUCUGUGAUGUAUUUACAUAUGCAGGGACUAAUGGGUGUCUGCAUGUCAUCAGUUUAAUUUAUUAAACCACACCCCCAGAAACGGGUCCAGUGGGUCUAAGAUAAAGAUGUAGGUCAUUCCCAAACAGGAAGAAGGAACAACCUGAUAUAGCAGCCACAGAUCCAGGAAAAGACUGGAGCGCUAGUAGAUGUGAUAAUAGGAAAGUAACUCUAAUCAUAUCCUGUAACAGUAGGAGCAUAAUGUCAAAGUGUUCCUGUCAUCAGAAUGACUAAGCAUCCUUAUAGUGCACACUGUAAAGUGACCUCUAAUAAGGAAGAACAGGCACUUUUUGGGGUCAAACAACAAAUGAGCUCUAAUAUUCAGACACGGGCUGCUCACUGGAUGUUUCUGUUAAAGCCGUAUGUGACAGUGCUACAGCCAACCUUAAAGCUGCAUUAUUUAUUUUUGUUUUUGGCACAGAAAGCUGUAAAUAUGUUGACAUAGGCUGCUAUUGUUUACAGAAACUUGUCACUGCAUUAUUUUUAUUUUCACCUGCUGCAUCCGAGUCCAGUAUUCCCUCUUUUGUUUUUUGUUUUUUUUGCUCUGUGGAGCUGAGGGGAGCUGCUGCAGAGGAACAGUCUGGGUUAGUCACAACAGACGAGCCCUUAUAUGCUACACAUCAUUUAACCGGUUGAUACACGUAUUGACAAGUACAGCUUUAAUUAGUGACACUUAAUGUAGACAUUUAGACUGGAAUUAUAUGUGCUCAAAUGUUACCUUGAUGCAAAAUAGAUCAUUAUACAGGGAUAUUGGUAUAUUGGCUUAGACAUGGGACAUCGAAAACUAAUUUUCACUUAAGAAUUAUUCACACAUAUUCAAGGGAAAAAGGCAAAUAUUUUGAUUUAAUGAAGCUCAAAGCAAAUUGCUGUAAUGGGUUUAAAUCACCCUUGUCAAGUCCCUUCAUGUGUUUAAGCCAAAUGAAGCUACUUAUUUUAACUCUGCCUGGAUUUAUCCUAUUUUACCAUGAGCACUCUACUUAUCAUUGUACCAAAGGUUCAUGAGCAGAUAUUGUACAAAUGACUUAAUUCGUUACAGAUUUUCAGCUGCUCCACCAGGAUGUAAACCUUUUCUCUAAUGAAAUGUGCCUUUCGUGUGUCUACUUGUGUGGGUCUGUUGCAGUGAAGAGUGGACAACAUGUGCUGUCAUCCAUUGAAUGAAUACAGACUCGGUAAUCAUUUGUUUUGGAAGAAUUAGGUAUGAAUAAAAGGUAAAAGUCAUGUUCAUGUUGAACCUCGCUUCUAAAGUACUGUGGUCUGACUUUAAACUUUGUGUGUGUAUAUCACAUGUGGGUGCUGUGUCCUCAUGCAAAACAAUAUUUCUAAUUCCUCAUUUGAUUUUAAAGGAACAUUCCAGUAUUUUUCAGUCUUAUUAUUUGUGGCCAUUCAGACUAUAGCCAUGCCAACUUUGAACUUGCCCCCUUUAUUACAGGGAACGCACUGGGACGAGCAGCGUGAACCUCCUAAAGCUUUCCAAAUAAAGCUUCUGGCAAUGUCAGUCGUACUAAUCACAUUAGUUUACAGGUAAUUGUUAGCUAGCUAGCUAGCUAGCUAAACUGUUAUU